GGCGUAGUCGGGACAACAGCAGCCUGGAUUUGAAUGAAAGGAGGCGGAAAUACUUAGAGAGUAAGUGAUCUGAUCCAGAACAACGGGUUCGGUUCGGAUCGAAGCAGACCUGAGGAUUUUCUUUUUCUUUUCUUCUUCCUGCUGUUUUUUGAGUUUGUGCAAAGUGUAAAAUGGGAGGUUCAGUCCAAAGUCUUGUGCACAGGGUCGCAGUAAUGAAGCCUGUAGUGUUUCUCUGGUGUUUAAUGCGGUUCAUUUGAGUUGCAGCACUAGCGUUUACACUCGACUAGUGAAUGAAGGACAGUUUUCACACUCAUUCACCACUCACUCUCUCUCUCUCUGACCUGAGAACAUCUCCUGGAGGUUUAUUAUCCAUUCUGACAACACACCCAGCUCCAAUAGUGCUUUUUCUCUGACCUGAAAAGCCCUGGAUGUGAGAUUUGAGUCGCUUUUUUGGGAAAGCUGCUGUUUGUUUGUUUGGAGAGCUUCUUCUUCUUCUUCUUCUUGGCUUCUCUUUGUGUUCCAGGAUCCUCACCAGUCCACUGUAGUCCCUCCUGAAGAAAGAGUAGUCCUCCUUCAUCUCUCCAGCCUCCAAAAUAGAUUCUCUCAGGAGUAAGGUUGAGCUGCUGAAGCUGCCGCUUGCUCUCUCGUCUAAAUCCAUCUCCGAGCGCAAAACCCAGCUGGCCGGAGCAACAGAGCGACACAGGGGCGGAGCUGGGGUCCACAAACCCCGCCCACCGGCCCCAGACAUGGACAACGAGUCCCAGUACUCGGGUUAUUCCUACAAGUCAUCGCAUUCCCGGAGCUCUCGUAAGCACAGGGAUCGGAGAGACAGACACCGCUCUAAGAGCAGAGACAGCAGAGGGGACAAAUCGGUCACCAUCCAGGCUCCCGGAGAGCCGCUGCUGGACACGGAGUCCACUCGUGGAGACGACAGGGAUGAUAACUGGGGCGAGACCACUACCGUGGUGACUGGAACAUCCGAGCACAGCGUGUCCAAUGAGGACCUGACGCGAGCGUCCAAAGAGCUGGAGGACUCGUCUCCUCUGCAGUGCCGGCGUUUUGCGGGACCGAUUCUGAGCGGCGUGCUGGGUCUGUUUGCUCUGCUCACACCUCUCGCCUUCCUGCUGCUGCCUCAGGCGCUGUGGCGGGACACGCUGGAGCCGUGCGGCACGCCGUGCGAGGGCCUGUACGUCUCGCUCGCCUUCAAGCUGCUGGUGCUGGCCAUCUCGACGUGGGCUCUGUUCCUGAGGGCUCCGCGCGCCACCCUGCCGCGCUUCUUCGUCUUCCGCUGCCUGCUCCUGGCGCUCGUCUUCCUCUUUGUGGCCUCCUACUGGCUGUUCUAUGGCGUGCGUGUGCUGGAGCCUCGGGAGCGGGAUUACCGCGGCAUCGUGGGAUACGCGGUGUCUCUGGUGGACGCGCUGCUGUUCAUUCAGUACCUGGCACUGGUGCUGCUCGAGGUGCGACACCUGCGGCCUGCUUUCUGUCUCAAGGUGGUGCGCACUACAGACGGAGCCAGCCGCUUCUACAACAUCGGCCAUCUCAGCAUCCAGCGAGCUGCCGUGUGGGUGUUGGAUCAGUACUACAGUGACUUCCCCGUCUAUAAUCCAGCUCUCCUAAACCUGCCCAAGUCCAUCCUCUCCAAAAAGAUGUCUGGCUUCAAGGUGUAUUCCCUUGAAGAGAACAGCACCAAUAACUCCACCGGCCAAUCACGAGCGAUGAUCGCAGCAGCCGCACGCAGACGAGAUAACUCUCAUAACGAGUAUUACUACGAGGAAGCCGAGAUGGAGCGCCGGAUCCGCAAACGCAAGGCCAGGCUGGUGGUGGCCGUAGAGGAAGCGUUCACACACAUCCGGCGUCUCCAGGAGGACGAGGCGGCUGUGACCCCGAAGCACCCGCGUGAGGUGAUGGACCCUCGGGAAGCCGCUCAGGCCAUCUUUGCACCGAUGGCACGCGCCAUGCAGAAGUACCUGCGCACCACACGCCAGCAGCCGUACCACAGCAUGGAGAGCAUCAUCUCACACCUGCAGUUCUGCAUCACACACAACAUGACGCCCAAAGCCUUCUUGGAGCGUUACCUGACUGCAGGUCCGACCAUGCAGUACCAGCGGGAGAAUGGCAGGGGGCGCCAGUGGACUCUGGUCAGCGAGGAGCCCGUGACAUCAGCACUGCGUCAGGGCCUCGUGUUCUCGCUCCGACGCCUCGACUUCUCCCUCGUCGUGACGGUGACUGCACUUCCCUUCCUCUCACUGGGCGAAGAGUUUAUUGACCCCAAGAGUCAUAAAUUCGUGAUGAGGCUGCAGUCAGAGACGUCGGUGUAGAAAGAGGAAGAAGGCUCGGUGAUUUAAGAGGGAAAGAACCACUUCUUUUUAACUAUUUUUUUAUAUCGCUGAGCCUUGUUCGUUCAUCUGGUUUGUAAGAAAUGUAUAUGGAUGCAUUGGACUGAAUCUUUUUUUUAAAUUCACAUUUCAAACUUGCAUUCCCAUCUCUACGUCCUUGUAAAGUUAGCGUCACUCUGCAGAGUGAGGUUUUCUUGUUAAACAGAAGCUGACCAGACAACGUCUUGAGUCAAGUGUAUGCAAUUUUAUACCUCUGGGUUUUUUUCAUAAGUAUGUGAACACUAUCAGGUCUAACAGUUGAGGUAUGAAGCAUCCAUCAGCUUAUUAUUUAGGGAGUCCUUUACGCCGAGAGUCUGAAUCCGAGCGUUUCCUGCUUUUGCUUUUACACUGCAUGUUAAUUAGGCUAACGAAAAAACGUCAGUUCUCAACACGUUUAGAGCGAAAACAUCAUAAAACUUGUUUUAAUCGUUGGUCAGAAAUGAGGCAAAUCGCAACAAUCACCUGAGCUCGGAGAACAUGGAGCUCACGCUAAAUAAAUGAUUAAUUUAAAAUAAUUUGUGUAUUGCACGGAGCUCGUCUCCUUUCUUUGCUGGCCCAAAUAUCCAGAACGUCACGUUUCUGUAGCACAGCAGCUCUGUUAAGCCAGUAUCUUACUGGGCUUGUGACAAAUUGCGAACGUCAUUCGCGAGAGAUUUUUAAAAGUGUCUUGAAACAUCGGCGGGGCUUCUCAAUUUCCUCGCAUGAGUCGCAAAGUGUCGCUCCUUCGUCGCUGAAAUUUUGAAGAUGAUCAAAAAAUUCGCGCGACAAAAUUUCUCUCAAAAUAGCCAUAAAUGCGUCGCUGGUGUCGCAAACCCUUCUCAAGUCAGUUUCCGUGAGACAAGGAAGUGCGAGUUCAGCCAGUAUCUCACUGGGCUGCGACUAGUUGGAGAGACGACAAUUGCGGUAAAAUAUGCGAAUAUCAAUUCAGUGUGAUUCCAAGUGAAAAUUCGCAUAUUUUAUCGCAAUUGUUGCGUCUCCAACUAGUCGCAGGCUGUCGCAGCUCGCGUAUCAAAUCCUGAGGUUUGAUUCACUUCCAGAAGGUGAGUCGACUCGCUUUUUCCACGAGUCAAAACAAGUUAAUUUGCAAGCAGAUUGAAUUAGUAUCCAGGAAAGGCCUAGUCUUGGAGGAGCAAAGAUGGGCUGAGGAUCUCCAGUUUGUUCACAAAUGCGUGAGGAAAUGUUUAAAAACAAUGUCCCUCAAAGAAAGCUAAGAGAUUUGGAUAUUUCACCCUCUACGGUGCAUCAUAUUUAACAAUUCAAGGCGUAUGGAGGAAUUUCAGUGCGUAAAGGUAAAGGGCACAAGCCUAAUCUGAACACCUGUGAUCUCUGAUCCCUCAGACGGCACUGCGUCAAGAGCGUUCGUCUAUAGCUGAUAUAACCACAUGGGCUCAGGAUGACUUGAGCAAAACUUUGUCAAGCACGACGAUAAAGAGUUCCGUCCACAAAUGCCAGUUAAAACUUUGCUGUACUAAAAAGAAGCCUUAUGUUAACAGUGUCCAAAAGCACUGUUGACUUCUUUGGGUUCAGAGGCAUCUGGGCCAAAUACCUCAGUCUAAAGCCUAGGUCACAACCGGACAUACGAUUUUUUUGGCCAUGUGAUUUUUGGCGUUUCCCAAAUCGCUGCGUUUUUGUGCGUGGAGAAAGCAUACAUGUCAACCUUUGGUCAAUCAAACCUGUAUAACCAACCUCCAAAAUCCGUAUUUCCCUUAUAAAAUCCGUAUAAGAUGCAAAUUAAAAUAAUUUACCUAAAAUUUGAAUGAUAAUUAACAAUGAUAUAUCCCAGUUACUUUUUAUUCAAUAUUAACAAUAAACCUUCAGAAUGAAUACAAAGCUCCAAUCUCAUCUCAUUAUCUGUAGCCGCUUUAUCCUGUUCUACAGGGUUGCAGGCAAGCUGGAGCCUAUCCCAGCUGACUACGGGUGAAAGGCGGGGUACACCCUGGACAAGUCGCCAGGUCAUCACAGGGCUGACACAUAGACACAGACAACCAUUCACACUCACA